GAGCGGCAAGGUCGCGGGGCGGCGCCGGGCCGGGCCGUUGCGGCCCGCGAUGCGGCGCCUGGGCUCGGUGCAGAGGAAGGUGCCCUGCGUGUUUGUGACGGAGGUGAAAGACGAGCCGUCGGUCAAGAGGGAGCAUCAGGGUCUACUGCUGUACCCACUGGAUCACUGGCUUCAAGCUUCAAUCAGGGACCUGCAGUGGCUUUUGGCUCUACACUCUCAGGCUUGACACCAGAGACUUCUGCUGCCACCACCACUUCUGGGUCUACACUGCUUCCCUAGCAAACUCUUCCCUUCCACUGUCUUCUACCCCAAGUAUUUCAGCUGGGGCUCCAUCCACUUUGGUUGGAGCACCUGGUCUUGGAGUGCCAGGAUUUGGAUUAAAGUUUCCUGGAUCAACAAAUACAUCUACUUUCACUACCACUACUAUGACUUCAACUUCCAUGUCAGGCUUUGCUUUGAAUCUGAAGCCACCAACAACACUGGGCACUGGCAUCAUCCCUUCUACUAGUGCUACUCUGCCCUCUGCUACCACAACUCCAAGGCCCACAAUGGAUCAGGAGAUUCCCCCAAGCUCUGUGAUGACUUAUGCUCAGCUGGAAAGUUUGAUCAAUAAAUGGAGUCUGGAAUUGGAGGACCAGGAGAAACACUUCCUUCAUCAGGCCACCCAGGUGAAUGCUUGGGACCAGACAUUAAUUGAGAAUGGUGAGAAGAUUACAUCUCUACAUAGAGAAGUAGAGAAAGUGAAGCUGGACCAGAAGAGGCUGGAUCAAGAACUGGACUUCAUCCUGUCCCAGCAGAAGGAGCUGGAAGACUUACUGGCCCCUCUGGAGGAGGCUGUGAAGGAGCAGAGUGGGACCAUCUAUUUGCAGCAUGCCGAUGAGGAGCGGGAAAAAACUUAUAAACUCGCAGAGACUAUUGAUGCUCAGCUGAAGUGCAUGGCCCAGGACCUGAAGGACAUCAUUGAACACCUGAAUGUGUCUGGAGGGUCUCCUGACACCAGUGACCCACUACAGCAGAUCUGUAAGAUUUUGAAUGCACAUAUGGACUCGCUUCAGUGGAUUGAUCAAAAUUCAGCCUUGUUGCAGCGGAAAGUAGAAGAGGUAUCGAAGGUUUGUGAGAGUCGACGCAAGGAACAGGAACCCAGCUACCGGACCGUCUUUGACUAAAUGGCCUGAGAAGUCUUGGAUAGUGUCACUGUGUUGUUCGUUACUUAUGCAUUGUAUAAAAGGUGUUAGGCUCUAAGUUGAGUAAAACAUACAAUUAUUAUCUAUUACAAUUAAUUUUCAUUAGAGCAAAGUUUUAGGGUAUUUUUCCAUUCUAAAUUUUGAGUAAAAUAUACAUUACUGUCUAUUGCAGUUCAUUUUUGUUACAGUAACCUUUGUGGAUAUUCUUUUCCCAUUCUAGAAAUCUUGAGUAAAAUGUAUAAUUACCAUCUAUUGCAGUUAAUUUUCAGUACAGUAAAGUUUAAGAGCAUUCUUCCCAUUCUAAAUCUUUAAGAAGAAAGAUGCUUACUGUAAUUUUGCAUUAGUUAUAUCAACGUUUUGUGAAUCUCUUUGCUCAUUAAAUUGGUCACAGUGCUUUGUGAAGUCAAAAAAUAAAGAUCUGUGUUUUGGGGCAAGAUAGAAUAGGGCAGAAAUAGUGUAUGGAUUGGAGGCACUGAAGUUGACUAGGUUGAGGCUGAGACUCGUAUGUCAGAAUAGUUAUAUAUGUUGAAGUCGUCAAUGAUGAUACUGGGAAGCAAGGGGAAGAGGAAGGCUAAGCCAGGAACUAAGGUUAUUGAUGAGGUGGAAAGCUUCUAUGAGAUCAGUAUGUGACAGCAGUGUGGAUAAAGAAAUUUCUUUUAGUAAGACCUCAUCUGGAAUAUGGUAGGGGCCCCCUAUUUGAGAGGGAUACUUUCCAAAACCUACCAGGGAUGACUGAAACCAUGGAUAUAAGGUUAAGGUGAACACCCCCUUACCCAAUACGUAUGUAUGUGUUCACUUUACCUUCCUGGCCCUCAGCUUAGCCCUCCAAGCCUCACAUCUUCCCCAACCCCAAACCCCUUCCCCUGCUUCCCCCCCAAAAAAACCACUUUUAAAAAUAAAGUGAAAGUGACAAGAAGUACAAGGGAAAACAGAAGAGCCCACGGUUGCCCUUCUGUACUUCCUGAUCAGGAUAACUGAAUAUGGACAUUCUUCCAUGACUUUCCUGGUCAGGGAGGUGGUGCUUCAACUAUUAACCCUGGAAAACUGAAAUCACCAAAAAUGGAACCAUAAAUAAAUGAGACUUACUGUAUAUAUUCAGUUAUAAGCACAGAAUUUAAGAAAACUUGAGAAGCUGGUAAGCUUCCAGCAUACAGGGCACUCAGAUGUAGAGGUCAUUGAAAACCAUGUCAUAUGAAAAUCUAUUGAAGAAGGUGGUAAUAAUUAGCCCAGAGAAGAGGAUAAUUACAGGGAGAAGAUCUGAAAUGUACCAUUAUAGCAAUUUCUUAGAAUCUCUAGUUUCUUUCAAAGCUCAACUCUGAUGCCAUUUCCUACAUGAGGCCUCUGCUUAUCUCCCCAGAUCUUGGUGCCUUCCCCACAAAGAAGGACCCUGUAUUUGUCAUGUAAUUUAUAUAUAUAUAUGUAUAUUAUAUAUAUAUAUACACACACACACACAUAUUUAUAUAAUUUGUAUAUGUUGUGUUCUCCCCCACUCAAGAAUGUAAAUUUGAGGAUAAAAACUGGUAUGUUUUCUUCUCUGUAUCUCCAGCAUCUACUGUGGUGCUUCACACAUAAUAGUUGCUUAAUAAAUGUUUUUUUUUUUAUUUGA